AUGCUCGUCAAAGGAAGUGAAUCUGAUUCGGAGGCAAAGCCUUACAAGCGCAUUGUUUUUUACCAUCAGACUCAGUACAAAGACGACAGAUACAUCUCGUUACAACCCACAAUUCUCCCGAGUGUAGGCGUCACACACGUCAUCGUCGCGGCUAUUCACCUCAACACGCCAACGCGUAUCACCCUCAACGAUGAUCUCUACGAUGCAGACAAAUUUAUCCCUCUCUGGGAUGAAGUCAAGCAGCUUCAAGCGGCAGGUAUUAAAGUCCUCGGCAUGCUCGGCGGUGCAGCUCAAGGGUCGUACACAAAGCUUGACGGCUCCCUUGAAGGCUUUCACAAAUGGUACCAGCCACUGCGCAAAAUGAUCAAAUGGGCUGGUUUCGACGGUUUAGACCUGGAUAUUGAAGAAGCAAUGUCUCUCGGCGGUGUAAUUCGUUUGAUCGACCAUCUCAAAACCGACUUUGGUCAAUCCUUCCUCGUGACUCUCGCGCCUGUCGCACCAGCGUUGCGCAAUGAGCAAAACUUGGGCGGUUUCAACAUGGAAGAGCUCGAAAAAGGUCUCGGGUCGCGCAUAGCAUGGUACAACACGCAAUUCUACUGCGGCUGGGGUGACAUGAGCGAGCCACACGAUUAUGACAGGAUAAUCGCGCGCGGAUGGCCGCAGGAGAAAGUGGUGAUUGGGCUGGUGACCAACCCGUCCAACUGCUCAGGCUACGUGAAAGAAGCAAAACUGCGAAAGUGUCUCGGGGAGCUGGUGAGGAAAUAUCCACGUAUCGGCGGCGUCAUGGGCUGGGAGUACUACAACGCGAGGACGGAGGAAAGCUCCGAGCCGUGGAAGUGGGCCGAGAUGAUCAAUGACAUAUUGAAUUUAUUACAUAUCCAAUUCGCCAAGAUGGGUUCUGAAGACAAUGACAAGAAGCACAUGGAAAACCACCAACAUGAGUUUUCCCAUGACAACCACGAUGAUUGGGAAACUCAGCCUCCUUACAUGAGACCUGAUGAAGCUACCGAGAAGCGAGAGAACUUUGAGAAAAAGGUUCACGGGUCGUGUCACUGCGGUCGAGUGCAGUAUUGGCUGAACAGUGAUAAACCACUUGCUUCCAAGUACUGUCAUUGCAUUGACUGCAAGAAGAUCCAUGGUGCUCCUUUUCAAUGGGCAGCCAUUUUUAAGAAAACCGAUCUUGCUUUCGAAAACGGUGUCAAGAACCUGCGUUUCUACAAGACCUCUUCCGGCAAGAACGAGCACAUCCUUCCCUGCAAGGUGGGCUGCGCUGAGUGUGGAAGUUGGAUCAUGGACGAAGGUCGAAACAUGGUCCUUCUGUUUCCCACGCUGUUGAACCUCGACACUCCUCAACUCCGCGAGAAUUUCCAACCUCAAUGUCACAUCUUUUACACUUCAAGAGUAGUGGACAUUCCGGAUGGAAAGGACAAAUGGACCAAGCUUGACAAGGACAGUGAGCUCAUGAAGGACAUGGACUGA